AUGAGGGGAAGCAACAGUGGGGGCUUGACUAAACACAAACGCAGUCAUACAGGAGAGAAGCCAUACCACUGUGACGUAUGUGACAAGUCAUUCACUCAGAAGAAUUACUUGGCUACUCACAAAUAUAUUCACACAGGGGAGAAGCCGUAUCAUUGUGAUAUCUGUGGAAAAUCGUUUCCCGGAAGUUAUAGAUUAACUCGACACAAGUAUAUUCAUACAGGGGAAAAGACCUACCAUUGUCAUAUCUGUGGGAAAUCAUUUUUCGUAAGUGGUCACUUAACUACACAUGUACGCACUCAUACAGGAGAGAAACCAUACCACUGUGAGAUCUGUAGUAAAUCUUUUGCUUUAAAAUCAAACUUGACUGCUCACAAAUACAUUCAUACAGGAGAGCAGCCAUAUCAUUGUGAUAUCUGUGGUAAAGCAUUUUCUCAAAGAAGUAAUUUAACUACUCACAGACGUAUUCAUACAGGAGAGAAACCGUAUCACUGUGAUAUCUGUGGUAAAUCAUUUUCUCGAAACGAUCACUUGACUAGACACAAAAGCAUUCAUUCACGAUUCAUUCAUACUGAUUGAUGUGUGGUACAUCAUUCUUUAAUCAAGUUCACUCCAUUUAUAUUCAUUGAUACAUAAAUAUAAUCAUAUCAUUGGCAUUCUAUAAAAAGAAUCUGAAUAAUAAGUGUUCUCAUUAAGAAAAGAAGAUAUAACAGUAUAUUUUAUAAAAGUAUAUUUUAUACGACCACAGCUAUACAUUGCUGAGAUAACUUACAAUUAUGAUAUUUUUAAUAAAAUGAUUCCUUCAAAAAACUCAA